AUGGCAGAUUUCGCACCUCCACCAGGCCCUCCCCCGCCACAUGUGCCCGAAGGCUGGAAGGCUGUCUGGAAUACACAGUACAACGAGUGGUUCUACGUCAACGUCUAUACGAAGCAGUCGCAAUGGGAGAAGCCAACGCAGCCCGUCUACCCUCCUGGUGAAGCGCCGCCCCCAGGCGCCCCUCCCAACUAUGUCUCGCCUUCAGCUGGCGGUGCGGUGGGCGGCUUCCCGACUGGCGGGAGCGAGAAGGGAAGCCUGGGUAGUAACAACCCGUAUGCGAACAUUAGCGAAGAUGAGAAACUCGCAAGAAAACUUCAACAAGAGGAAGAAGCGCGCGCACGUGGUGCCUCGAAUGAUUACUACAACCAAUCCAGCCAGUCGUAUCCACAACAAUAUGGCGGUUAUGGCCAGCCAAGUCCAAAUCCGUACCAACAAGGACAAUAUCAGGACACAGCCGUACAGGACAAGGGCGGUAAGAGCAAAGGCUUCCUAGGCAAGAUCCUUGGGAAGGCUUCUGGCUCGUCACAUUCGCCAUCGCCUGGUUACGCACAGCAACACCACGGAUACGGCCAACCAAGCUACGGCCAGCCUAUUGGAGGGGGUUACUAUGGCGGAGGAGGCUACGGACGGCCGAUGGGUGGUGGAAUGAUGCCUAUGGGCGGUGGCGGCAGGCGCCCCGGAGGAGGGGCGGGUAUGGGGGCUAUGGCUCUUGGAGCGGGGGGUGGUCUGCUCGCUGGUGGUCUCAUAGGAUCAGCAAUGGCGGGAGAUGAUGGCGAUACAUAUGUCCAGAACAACUACGGCGAUGAUAUGGGCGGAGACGAUGGGGGAGAUAUGGGUGACAUGGGCGACAUGGGCGGGGACUUUUAA